GUUAUCGCUGAACUUAACAAGAAAUUGUCUCAGGCUUCUGUGGACAAGUUUGAUGAGUCUGAAGAGCAUGAGAUAGAAUCACAGACGUCAGAGCAUGGUAAGCCUAAAUAAUUGCACAUGGUUAGGUUUACAUCAUUAAGUGCAUUAAUAUUUAAAUUACAAGCUUAAAAUUCUCGUCUUGAAACCUGUACUGAAGCUUUUAAUUAAUCAUUGAGCCUUUGCUGACAGAGACCCAGCUAUGUAAACCCAAUUAAUUACCGGUACUCCCAAACAGCGUAUCAUAAAAGUAAAUUCAACCAAGGGCCAAGAGCUGCAGCCCACCAGCCAUGCAGCAAAAAGUAUCUGGUGUUGAGUUCUUAAUGGCUUAAUGAGGUUGUCACAAUUAUUAGUGAAUCAUCCCUAAACCAAACUUCAAGGGACUUUUUGUUUGACGUUUUAUAACCCUAAGCCCUGAAGCCAAGUGUGAAUUUUAAUAUAAUUAUUUAUGGUCUAUUGCUUUGAAAGUUGUUGUUAUUUAUUAUAACUUAUAUCUGAUUAAUAAUUGAGUAGGUCUUAAAGAAUAAACAAUAGAACAAUAGUGGCCUUUCAUCACACAAACAAGACUCCCUUAAAACAAAUCUUAAAAGACUAAGAAAUUCUUUGGGGGGCAGGGGGACAUAUAUGGGUUGGCCUGGUCAUAAACAGAAAAGGAGGACUUUGAGUAAGCCCUGAAUUUAUUUACAAGGAGAAACUUUCUCUACUUUAAAAGCGGAAAUUGAUUUAUUACUUUUGAAAUAUUUUCAUCACUGUAAUGUAUGUUGUGGAUUUAAUCUUUGGUUUGAAUCAAACUGGUUUAAAAUUUUCAAACUGGAUAGAAAUUUUUCAACACAUAACUCGUUCUCAUUUAUUUUACCUCUCCCUGUAAUAUACUAUGUAAAAUAAACUUGUGACAUCAAGGUGUCACAUUUUAGUAAGGUAGUGUUUUAGGGUGCAUUUGAUUGAUUGUAUUUGGGAAAAGAAUACGCUUAAGUUUUUUUAGAAACCUCUUCACUCUUGCAUCAUGAUGUUUGGAUUACUUAACGCUUUUAAACAGAUUUCUGGCUAUUGCCAUGCAAGAAAUUCCAAAACAAGGGAUUUCCAGAGUUAGUCUGUUUACUCUUACUGUGGAAUACAGUAAACUGAACUCGCCCUUAGUUUUGUUAAGAAAUUAUUUUAUGUAAAAUACCCUUCAUACACCCCAGCCAAUUUAUGAGGUUUGAAAUCCAAAUGAGUAGGCUGACUCCUCUCAGAGGCUUACAGCUGUAAUUGAGGUUUUUUUGAUAUAUUCAAUGGAUAUUGGGAUCAGCCACUGUGGAGAGCUAGUAUAUGUUGCCGUUAAUUUUUUUAUUUCGGUUAAUUUUUGUUUUUCCUUUGUGUUCAAUUCAUUAGCAUUCAUUACCAUAACCAAAAACAAUGGAAAAGUAAAAAUUAACUGAAAUAAAAAAUUAACGACAAUUUAUGUACAUUGAUUAUUGUGAUUUAUGUCUGACAGGAUCACAAAGUGAAUCAGACAGCCUUGCCUCUGACGAAGGUGCAAAUGAUGAUAACACAGAUGAUGAGUUGUCCAAAGUAGUCGGUGGGCUGGAAUUUGCUAUAGACAGGCAGGAUACAGCUGACUCCAAGCAAGUGCAAAAGAAAGAGGUCACUGAAAGCAAAACUGAGGACAAGAAACCAGUAGAGGAAGAUAACAAGCCGCCAUUGCAUAGUUUACAGUCUGUGAGUUCAGUUCGGUCGCUUCAACUUUUCAAUUUUGCCCGCCUGAGAUGCGGCGCUUAUUUGAGGGUGGCAUUUAUUUGAAUGUUGUACACAACAAAGAAUGUUUUUUAAUUACGGUAUUAUAAUUUUCCGUAUUAAACUAACAGAAUUAAUGUGUUUGAUUUUGAUUAUAUCGGGGCUACUGCUCUCAUUCACUUUUUUGUCCCAAAAACGGCACUUGAUCUGGGCAGUCCUUAUUCGAGUAAAUACGGUAUUCAGAUUAUUGAAGUAAAUUUACAUUGUUUACUGUAUGUUAAGUCUUUUGUACAGAAGUGCAUGAUCAAGAACGCCACCCAGAUAGAUUGUGCAAUUUUCUGUUUCUAAUUUGCAGCUUGUAAAAACAGAUGUCUCAGGCAAAACAGCCAAGGAGCAUGAAGAUCUUCAGGCCAAGUGCAGAGAGCUUAGAGUUCAGUGUCUAGACCUGGAAAAGAAACGACAGAUCUGUAAGUGAAUAUUAUUAUAUUAUAUUGUUGAUCUUUUAUUUGUGAACACCCAUUACAGGCGACCACUUUCCACUAGCGACCGCAUGAUAACUUUGUAUUCAAGAACAUUUUUAAUAAAAGGGAUGUUUGGAACCUCUCGUAAACAACCACAUCUUGUAAGAGAGUUUGGCCACUUGAGUGGGUGGUUUUAUAAUUUUCCAGUGUUUUUUUUUCUGUGAAACGCAGAAGGUUCCAGAAAUAUUAUUUCUGGAAUGUUAUGGUAUUGCAAGGAAAAGCCAAUCAUGUGUAAGAAAACUAAACACUAUUCAGCAACGCAGGGGUUUCAAUAAGCACCGACGGCCAACGAAACGCGUAGGCUACUUCGCUCAUAGAGGUCGGCUGCUCUUUUUAAAAUAAAAAUAACGUUGUAAAUAAAACAUAUAUCAUAAAAUCUGAAUGAAAACGUAAUUAUGAUGUGAUUUCAUAAAGAGUUUAAAGACCCACUGGUUUUACGUUAUGUGAACGCUAUAUUUCAGUCAGUUUUUCACAGGUUUACGCAGAAUUUGUUUACGUGCAAAGUACUUAAUUUAGUUUUCAUCAUUUCUUCAUUGCUUGUAGGAAUUGAUUGUGUGACUGAUAAAUCGAAGGUUGUAUGAAAACUACAUUUUCUCGAAUGAAAAACACGCUAUUUUGUCCUCAAUUCAGUCCCCAGAACGCUGAAAAUCGCAUUUUAGGGCUUUGAAAUUUCUCAGUUUUCUGGGGAAACACGCCCCCAGACCCCCCCCUAGAAAAAGAGGACUAACGUCACCUUGUUGAUACAAUCGGUUACUCUAUUCAGACCUGCUAGCUACUUCAAUUUAUAUUGAAACCCCUUGUUUUUGUGGCUUGCUUACGUGUCCUGAACUUUUUGGUGACUGGUCAGAACACGAUAAUGAUACCCUGAAAUAAGUGUUCACAAUAUUCUCGGUUCUUUGAAUCAAACCUAGAAAUAUAUUGGACCUGUAACGCUGUUACUGCAAGAUAGUCUGAGAAAUCUUGGCAUUUAGACUGGUCGCUUACGGGAGGUUCGGCUGUAAACGUUUCAGUAGUUAUUUUAGUGUUUUUAAAAUUUCUAGCAUCAUGGGGCCCGUUUCUUGGAAGUCUGGGUAACUUUUUGGGUCCGAAAAAAACAAGAGAAUAAAAUCGCGGGUUCCUAGCUGACAAACCAGUCUAUUUUGUUUUGCUUACUGGUCAAUAAUCUUAUCAUAUUGUCUUCAGAACUAUUAAAGUCUCUGUCUUGAAUGGGAACUUUGUGCUCUUUUUGAAAACCUAUCUUUUGAAUCAUGGUAAAGCAUUGAGCUGGGGAAGAACUUAAUGUUUUUAGUUACGAUAUUAUUUCAUUCUUUUAUUGAUCUAAAACCUUUUUGGGUUUAGUGGAGCGCCAGCUUCAGCAGACAAGUUUGAAGGAGUGGGUGACAAGAAAGAAGUCUUCCGGUAGCGCAGGGACACCAGACGUAAGCCUUAUUGACACAUUUCUUUACUCUUGUAAUUCCUUCUCUACACCAUUGAUCAAGCUUGGUUCAAAAAUCGUGCAAAUUUUCAGGAGAUAAUCAAACACUGGUUUAGUUUUUGUUUUUAGUACCCGAAAUAAAUCUUGCACUUUGGCAUAUACAGUGGAAGCUCGAUAUAACGAAGGGCCAAGGGAGUGGGGAAAUUUGUUCCCUAUAACGAGGUUCUUUUUCAUAUGUUGUGCUGUUACUGAGGUAACAAUAAAACCGAUGACUUCGUUAGUUACUGGUUCGUUAUAUCUAGGUUCCACUCUAGUCAUAAAUGCAACCUCUAAUGCUUAGAGUGUGAAGGCAAGAAAGUGUAGUGGUCGCCAAGCCCCUGCAAAACUCUAGAAAAUUGUUUGUUAUUUGUUGCACUGUUGAAAUUUUGAGGAGUAUUCAGAGUCUUGUUAUUAUCGGUUUCUUUUCUGUUUUUUUUUUUGACUUUCAGACCUUGUAGGUGUAACUGAAAUUAUGCCAGACCAACUAAUUUUUGGAGUGAAUGCAUGAGUUUACCCUUACCGGGUAUUUUGCUCACUGUGGUCACAUCACAAAAGCCUCAGUUUCUUUCUUUGUUUUUCAAACCAAAGUCCAGACCAAUCGGGGCAUUUUUUUGCAUGUGAGCAUAUCCAUAACAAAUGUUGUUUCUAUUGUAAUUUUGUAGGAGCUCCAAGCAGUUACAAGUGAGAGGGAUAAUCUAAAGGCAAAACUCCGAAAAACUGAAGGGGAUUUAGAGCAAGUUAAAACUGAAAAUCAGGGGUUUAGAGAAGAGAGAGACCGGCUCAGGCGUAGGGUAGGUUCCAUUCUUUUUUGUUGUUGUUAAAUCCUUAUCGUUCCAUUUCUUGAUUAUGUCGGUUUGAUACUAAAUUCUCCUUGAUGCAAAAUUCCAGGCUCACUUGUGCGAGGUGGGGGAAAACUUUUGCGAAGGCUGACCAGAAGAAUGAGUUGAGGAAAAAUGAAAUCAAUUUUCCUCGCCCCAUUUUCUAACUGGCUUCGCCUAACUCGCACAAGUGAGCCUGCAUGCUCGCAGGUUAUGACAAUCUUAUCUGCUUGAAAUCAGCUUCCCAUUUCUAAUCUAGAGUAAGACCUAAGCUGCAAAUAAUUUUCUUCUUUGAAAGGACUUUGUCCGUAUCCGGCCAAGUGACCUUUUAUGUCGGAUUUUUUAUGUAUCUUACACUGUACAUGUUAGACGCCGAAUUCGCAGGUAGACUGAUUGUUACCAUGUAUUCACUGCCUGAACAAUGUUAUUUCCUCGUUAGUUUAGUUUUUAUGCUCAGGGUUGACUUAAACCAUCUGCAAAAAAGUUUAGUCUUCACUCGUUCUCGCCCUCCGCGCUCGUCGAUUUUCGAAAAGGAAAAGAAGAUAACGUCUUUGUGCAGGUGAUACUAUUAAUGCGAACAUCAUGUUCGGCCUAAGUAAAGAUUUCGUCGGACAUUCGCCUCUUUAGAAACGGGAAAGAACUGGGCCGAGUUAACAUUCGCAAAGACUUCUGGGACGUUGCUAGGUUCAGGCAGCAAAGAAUUUGGCCAAUAGCUGAUCGGCGCGUCCUUAGUGACGAUCCUAGAAACAAUUACGGGACACAUUAGGUUCCAGUUCCCUUUUAUUUCUGUAGUGGCGAAUGGGCCAAUUUUAGUCGGACAUUGUCCGGUGACUGACUGUUAUUGCAACUUUGUAUGGUAGUGUCGAACUCAACAAAUGAUUUCUCUCUUUCCUGCCAGGUUUUUGAAAUGCAGGAUCAACUUAAACUGCUUCAUCAAAAGUCACUCCAGUAUGAGCAACAACAAGCCAGGACACGGGCGAACAGCAUGCAGGCGCCUGCAACUCCCAGGUCUCCUAGCACACCUCGCAGAAACACACAACCAUCAAGCAACAGUCAUUCCGCGGUGCGUGUGCNAACUCAACAAAUGAUUUCUCUCUUUCCUGCCAGGUUUUUGAAAUGCAGGAUCAACUUAAACUGCUUCAUCAAAAGUCACUCCAGUAUGAGCAACAACAAGCCAGGACACGGGCGAACAGCAUGCAGGCGCCUGCAACUCCCAGGUCUCCUAGCACACCUCGCAGAAACACACAACCAUCAAGCAACAGUCAUUCCGCAGUGCGCGUGCUCAGCAGACAAGCAAGUAUGAGUGGUGUCUCAGAUGGCUCUCAUAAAGAUAACAGCUAUCUGACAUCACCCCGUAUUGCACGCCGUUCCAGUAUUGAUAAUUUAAGUAUGUCCAGCCAAGGUCGAAAUUCGCAGUCUAUGCCAAACGGACAUGUUCGGAGACCCAGUGGCAGUGGAAGUGUCUGGACAGCUUCAGACGGCAGCCCAGCAUUCCCGUCACGACACCCAUCGGGUAGUGUCCAGUCCAUCUCAAGUCAGGCGUUCUGGAGGCCUGGUGCAACUAGUGAUUUAGGCUCAUCUGUGCACGGUUCAACACAAGAAAUAACUGUUGUGGCAAAAAUGAUUGAUGAUGGAACGCAAGGUAGAGGAAUUACAGGGAUGAAUUGUAUUAGGGCUCUGGUAAGUAAUCCGUUUUUUUUUUCCAAGUGAAAAAGGGGCCCGUUUGUAGGGUCUCAAAUAUUAAGGUCUUCGAGAGGGUUGCCCAUAAUGGCCUGAGACAGUUUGAGUUACGAUCGCGAGCCCCGGUCACUUUGAUUUCAGACAGAACAAGUGCUGAGAGACGUAUUGAAAGAAAAUACCAUAAGUCGGAAACUGGAUUAGUUUAAAACUAUUUGUGUGCUUUUAAGGAAAAAAUGGAGACCUCAGACUAAUGCAAACUUCGUAGCAUAGUUUUUUCUGACUGCGCAUUGUCUGUCCUAGCCGUUGUGAGGCAAUUUCUCUCCCGCUUGCUUUAAUAUAUUCUCUCGGCUAAUUGUGAGGAGGGAUAAGCGUCUACUCGUAGUCUUAGAUUUUGGAAAUUAAUAGUUUGUUUCGUAUUCCUCUCUUUUUCAUAUUUUAGAGCCAGUUACCAGAGUUUGCAUCAAACAAAAUGCCUCCUGACUUAGUAAAAGCAUUGGAGAAUAGUAAGACUACUCAAGAAGUUUACAAGGCGAUGUUCACUUACUGUGAUACACAAGCGGACAAGAAACUCAAGGAAUAUGAACUAGAAAUUGAGAUGUUAACGAGUCGCUUUGAUCACAUACAAGCUCAAAACAAUGUUAUAUCUUUGUCGUUAGAGGAAAGUAGAAGCAAUGCCGAUAGAAUGAGUGUUUUAAUGGGCAAAUAUGAAUCGAACUGCACCGCUCUUCAACUGGCUUUAAGUUUUUCAGACCGAGUCAUGGAAACAUACGAGGUGUUGUUAGAGUUGUCAGAGUCCGAACAAGCGAGACUUCUCGCCAACUGUCGGGCCGCUGGGGUUAAAACUAGCCUCCAUGGCUAUGCGAAUCCAUCCUCGGAGUCACCUUAUAGAUUAAUAUAUACCGAAGAGGGUGAAAACGAAGCCGAGAAUGAUCGGAAACCCGAAGAUGUGGAAUCGUGCGUGAAUCGGAGGCGAAUGGCGGAAAACGAAGCGCGGUUUUUGCUUCAAAAAUUUGAUCGGAAUUUUGAGACACAAAGUAAUUGUGGACAGCCAUGGGAGUCAGUAUCAUCUAACAGUAGAACUAGUUCAACGGGUUCGUCAAAUGACGUGGAGUUCUCCCCUGAGGAGGCUGCCAGAUUAAAAAGUUAUAUUCAACAGUUGAAAUCGGAAAGGUCAACCGUCGGUCUUACGGCUAUCGAGUUGGAAAGCGUACAUGAAGUGGCGCAACCAAGGGAUUUGAAGUUGGAACCCCUGGAUCCUAAAAUAGACUUAGAGAACGCUGUACUCAUGCAGGAAUUAAUGGCUUUGAAGGAAGAAAAAGCCGAAUUAAAAGCUAAGAAUUAUUUAAUUGAAAAAGAGAAGAAAGCUCUAGAGCUGAAAAUUACGUCGCGGGAUGCGCAGGAACAUGCUUAUCUGGUUCAUAUUGAACAUUUGAAAUCAGAGAUGCAGGAUGAAAUACGAAGAAGAAGGAGAUUGCAGAAGGACGCUGGCGUCGCGAGUAGCAAGGUAAAUAUUUGUAUGAGAUAGGUCGUUUGAAGUUAUUUUGCCAGAAGUUUUUUUGGGCUAGAGAUCAUUGCGUCACCGCAGAUAUCCAUAUACGACUCAUGCGCAGUAGAUGGGAGGUUCUGCUUUAAGGCGCGGUUUUUGAUGUCUUGCUGUGGCCUACUGCUCUGCUCUUGUGCAAUUUCAAAGUAGGUCUCACCUUUCCCGCCAUCCGGCCCCCCACACCCCCUCACAUAAAAAAAAUUACACCACAGUAAGCGAACUUGUGGAAUAAUACAAUAAUUAUUGAACUCGAUUUUAAAAGUAUGGCCAUCUGUCAGAGUCUUGAGAUCGGCAAAUAAUGGACCUGCUUGGAUUGGCAAAUCACUGUAUUUUGCUUGGUAGCAAUAACCGCUGAAUAGGUGUCUUUAUUGACGACAAAGGUGAUUCUUCGACUGCGGUUUGUUGGGAAGGGACUCUUGCGGGGUAACUCCAAGUUAUUCUACAUCUUUGUUAAUCACAGUCAAAACAAAUCAUUUUUGGUAGCGUUCACUUUUUAUCUGGCCAACUUGGUUCUAAAUGUACCGCGAUGGGGCGGGCGUGGGGUUGUAGCGGUCGGGGGAAGAAGGAGAGAAAAUAUCUGCUUCCUAAGUACAUUUGAUACUCUUUCCAAGGUUGCACUCACCAAGAUGGCGGUGCUUUACAGUAAGCGCUAGAUCUCGACGAUUUUACGGAAAAAAACCGGGAAUAGUCCUAGAAAUAACUACUCGGAAAUUUCAACGCUGACCUACUCUACGAUGGCAUCCCAUUCCUUAUUUUCCUCGGCCGGGAAAUACCCCCUCUCUUAUGCUGGAGUACACCGCCUUCGUUGCCUUAAGUUACUUAUGGCUGAUAUCCAAAGUUUAUUUUAUUUUAUUUUUUUGCGUUUUCCGCGGUAUUUUGAUGUCGGAAAUAGACUAUUUGUUUUGUAGUUAGUGUUUCAAAAAACGGGGAGGUAGGGAGGGUUUUCAUUGCAGUGGAAGUAUGACUUUAAGAAAAGUUACAUCCUAACUUUUGCUUUGUUUUAGUCGGACGAGAAAUCAGGAGGCAGUGCUUCUGGAACUCCGUCUAUUACUCUGGCUGAGUUAAAAACAUCCGAUGAUGACAUCCCGCCGGACUUGUAUGAAGCUGCCAGGAGAGAAAAGAAGCUCAAAGCCAAAAUUCAGGAGUUGGUAGAAACGCUGGAAAGUUUGUCGAAAAACUCGGAAACAAGACAUCAACAAACUGCUGAAUACGUGGCGGACUUAAAGAAGGCGAACGGUGCUCUUGUGGCAGCUUAUGAAAAAGCGAAGAAAAAGCACGGAGCACGGUUACGGAAAUUGGAACAGCAGAUGAUAACCAUGGUGGAAAGACACGACGCCCAGGUUAGUACCUCUCGUUAAUGCAAUUGUUGUAAAAUAAAAGUGCGGAAAAAGUUGUUCAAAAUGACAUGACAAUUGGAGCUUUCAGCUUCAACUCCAGCUCUAACUCGUUCACUGUGUAAUUCUGAGAAGUCGAAAGUGUCUCGUUGGAACAAAUUAGACUAUUCUAACAUAGUUUGCGCAGUUCCAAGGUAUUGCCAGGCAAGGGUGACUAGUUUAGGGGUGGGGUGAAAGUACCCUAGACUAGACAAUGAUAGGUUCCACUUGUCUUCCAUCUGAAAAUUUCACGUGUUGGAGCGUCCUGGCCUGUCUGUUUGGCUUCAUGGAAGGCAGAUUUAGUUAAGAAACACGACGUCAACUGAGAACACGAAAGUUGAGGGUUCGCACGCACCUUGAAAGUCCUUGAAAUUGCAGUCCGUUCUGGAAAGUCCUUGAAUUUCAGUGCUAACUGUAUCCAACCCAGAUUCUUAAGUGCCUAUAAGGAGCAAACACAGAAAGACCUUCAGGAUAAAAUUGCUCGUGUUGUGGACGGACUUAGACAUAGACAUAGACUCAAGGCUCUUUUUUUUCACUGAGUGGAGUCCUUGGAAAAUGGGAAAUGUUUCUUUGAAAGUCCUUGAAUUUUUUGUUCAAAAAAGUAUACGAACCCUGAAAUUUGCUGUUCUGCCAUCGGUCAAGUCGGUGUAAAGACCUGCGCCCGCUGUCGUCUGUCGUCUGUCGUCUAACCGCCGUCCGGUUAGCUCAAUCGGAUUAGAGCCGGUCUGCUGAGCGUGGGGCCGUAGGUUCAAACCCUGGCCGGACCGACACUCAGGAUCUUUAAAUAACUGAGGAGAAAGUGCUGCCUUUGUAAUAACAUCUGCAAACGGUUAGACUUUCUAGUCUUCUCGGAUAAGGAAGUUAACCAUAGGCCCCGUCUCACAAGCCCUUGCAAAUGUAAUAAAUCUGGGGGACGUUAAAGAACCCACACACUCUUCGUAAAGAGUAGGGCACGUAGUGCCCGGUAUAGUGGUCUAUCUCACUUUCACACUCAUGUAUGGGGGCAUCAUCACUCAUUCCUUCAUUACUUGUUAACUGUACCUUAAACAGUAUGGCAAAGUCCACCAACCAGAAAAGCCCUGAGAGGAGUGGAUAAUAAGAUAUUAUAUUUUACACUUCGUCACUUUAUCUUUGGAAAAUCUGCCUAGUGAUUAAAGCUGUGCUUUAAGCCGAAAGCUCCAUGUUUUCCUUGAGUUUUUCUUGCCUAAGACUAGGGUUUAAUUUUCUUAAUCUUACUAUGUAAUAGUGGUGUUUGUUAAUAGGACUGGGUGGAGUCUAGUUCGGUCUUUGAUCGGUUGACCCCCCCAAAAUAUUGACCUUCGAGGCCCAGUAACGGGAUUUUCGGUUUUUGCCGCGCGAAAAAUGGAACGAGAGCCAAAAAAUGAAAGAGGGGGUAGGGGGAGGGGAUGGAAGGAAACUUGUUUCCUUCUUUUCUUCCCCACCCCCUCCCCGCUCUUUUAUUCGCGCCAUUUUUCGCGCGGUCCUCGUUCUUUGCUCCAAAACCGCACGUAAACUCUUGCUACGCAGGUUAUAUGUGGGGUAAAAGGACCACAAUAUUUCAAGGAAGUAAAAAUGCUCACUCUUCGAUCUUAGAUGCCCAUAUGAGGGGCAUGAAUAACCCUCUAAGGAAAGUUAUACCCUACAGUGCCAGAGCGAGGGACUUGUCUUUUUUUCCUCAAAACGCAACACCAAGCUUAGGGUGGCCCAUCAGGGUUUGGGCGGGGCGAAAAUGCGCAUUUCUACACUGAUCGAUGUUAUUUUGUGCCUUUUCGAUUUUGCUUCAUCUUUUACCCUUAAUUUCUUGAGACUGACCGGUUCUUUUAUCAAAAAGGCAUCUAUAUUGUCAUUGAUUUUUUUUUUCUUUUUAAGCUCAGAUUUAAAGAAGCUGUUAGAGCUUUAUUUUUCUACUGUCUUGGCAGAAUUCUUAGACAAUGUGUUCUUUUCGUUUGUGUCUUAGGUGCGAACCAUGAAGGAAAGAAUAGCAUUAUUGGAAGAAGAACGAAAGACAACUUCAGCACGGCAAAACGAGACCGCGCUCUAGUUCACAAUGUCAAGAAAGGCAUCAUCUGUAAUGUACCAUUUAAAGUGAAACUACCCCGCUUAACAGGUCCGGACACAUUUUUGAACGGACAAAAACUUGCACCGAUCCGCCUUUCGUUUUCACAGGACGCGCGCAACUUUGCAACUUUUUGA